AUGCUGCUUGUCCAAUGCUGCCCCCUGGUGGGGAAGCAGAGUCCGCAGCUGGACCAGAACCACCUCCGACCACCUCUGCCACACCACUGGUCUUUCUGGCUCGUCCAGUUGUCCCGCGUCCGGCCGCUCCUGCGCCGAGUCCUGAGUCUUGGGUGGAUAAUCCGUCUUGAACCGGCACUUCGACGUUUCUCCUUCCUCUUUCCCAGUCUACGUCCCAGUUUCUGCUCCAGCCUCUCCUGCUGGCAGGCCCCGGCCAGUUCCAUUGCCAAGAUUAACCUUUGCCUGGCUCGUCUUCAGCUUGAGGCAGGGAAGGUGUGUAAGGCAGACCACGAGCUGCGAUUACAGAUUCACCGACAUCUGAACAGCCUGGACCCUCAGAGUCACCGACAUCUGAACAGCCUGGACCCUCAGAGUCACCGACAUCUGAACAGCCUGGACCCUCAGAGUCACCGACAUCUGAACAGCCUGGACCCUCAGAGUCACCGACAUCUGAACAGCCUGGACCCUCAGAGUCACCGACAUCUGAACAGCCUGGACCCUCAGAGAGGCAGCAGGAGGCAGCAGGAGGAGACAGCAGGAGGCAGCAGGAGGAGACAGCAGGAGGCAGCAGGAGGCAGCAGGAGACAGCAGGAGGCAGCAGGAGGAGACAGCAGGAGGCAGCAGGAGGAGACAGCAGGAGGAGACAGCAGGAGGCAGCAGGAGGCAGCAGGAGACAGCAGGAGGCAGCAGGAGGAGUCGGCAGGAGGCAGCAGGAGGAAACAGCAGGAGGCAGCAGGAGGAGACAGCAGGAGGAGACAGCAGGAGGCAGCAGGAGGCAGCAGGAGACAGCAGGAGGCAGCAGGAGGAGUCGGCAGGAGGCAGCAGGAGGAAACAGCAGGAGGCAGCAGGAGGAGGCAGCAGGAGGAGACAGCAGGAGGCAGCAGGAGGAGACAGCAGGAGGCAGCAGGAGGAGACAGCAGGAGGAGACAGCAGGAGGCAGCAGGAGGAGACAGCAGGAGGCAGCAGGAGGAGGCAGCAGGAGGAAACAGCAGGAGGAGACAGCAGGAGGAGACAGCAGGAGGAGACAGCGGGAGGCAGCAGGAGGAGGCGGCAGGAGGAGACAGCAGGAGGCAGCAGGAGGAGGCGGCAGGAGGAGACAGCAGGAGGCAGCAGGAGGAGGCAGGAGACAGCAGGAGGAGGUAG